CUAAAUAGACAUCGUUUGACAGGUUAAGCUUUAAAGCUCAGUGCAUCCGGAAAAGAAUAUGACAUGCUUGAGGAAGAGAAUAGUUGUAGGACGAACCUAAAUCCAAACGAAAAUUGAGGCAUUUCGGUUGCUUUGACUUGGAAAUCACGGCCCAUAAAGCGUGCCUACUGACUCCCUCUACGGCUCAUUCCCUUCUCAUCCCUAGGCACAGAUACAGUUACGGCUUAACUGCCUUCAUUUAGAACAAGAUUCUUAGUGAUCAAAACCCAACCAGACAUGGAUGUAGUUUAACGAUGAUAAUAUUGGGAAUCGUUUGUGUUUAAUUUUCGUUGAGUUUUGUUAUCGUCUGCAAAAGGAUUGUAAAGUUUAGUUGACUUAAGUUUAAGAUGACGAAAUUAAUAGCUCUCCUUUUGAUUUCAAUACUACUUUUGCUUGGAUAUUGUGAAGCUGGCCGUCACCAUAACAACAACAAGCUGAUAGAGUUGCUCACGGCCGGUAUUGUAGCCAAAGUCUUACAGAAGCAAGAGGGUGGCCAUCACGGGGGCCAUGAGUAUGUUCCUGUACCCAUUCACGUACCAGUACAUCAUCACGGACACCACCAUCAUGGAUCAGAAUCUCAGAGGCAUAGUCAUCACGUGACUGAGAAGAUCAUACCCAUACCAAUACCUCAUCACACAACUCGUAUUAUACACAUCAAUGCGGGUUCUGGUUCAUCUCUAGGCGGUGACUCCGAAAGUCACAAUGGUGGAAUCAGUAACUUUGACUCUGGUGGAAGUUACAGCAACGGUCAAAGUCAAUAUGACAGUCAUGAUCAUGAUGAUUCCCGCGGACAUCAUUCAGGAUCCUCAUCGGCUAUACAACAAAUUUUCUUCCAAGACUCUGGUGUAUAUAGCCCAGCAUCGCCUCAAGCAGCCUCACCCUAUCAGCACCCAGGUUACAUGGCCUAUAGACGCCCUGCACCAAUGGGUAUGAUGCCUGCAGCGGCCCAUCCAGCGUAUUUCGUAAAAGGCAGAUAUCCAUACGUCGCAGUACGACAACGAAUGCCUGUUGCUAUGGCAGCACCCACUCAGUACGGUCCUCCUAUUUAUGCGAUACCAUAUAGGCGGCUUCCUGCUGCCGCUAGCUAUAUGAAUCCUAUGGUGAUUCGAAGGCCUCCUACAGCCUGGUAUGGUAGGUAGCUGGAGAAAAAAAACAUAAUUUAAAAAUGCUCAUAGUAAAAACACGAACAAUUGUGAACAAUCACCAUAUAAGUGGUCUUUGAUAUUGAAGAACUUGAAAUAUAUGAAGAUGUGUACUUACACUGUACGCAUGUACUUUAAGGUGUGAUACGUGAACUUAAAAAUCUAAGUGCCUUUAAAUCAGUAAGUGUAUAGGUUCUCCUGGUGUUUUAUGUCUGUAAUGAUUCUAUAGUAUCUUUUUUCCUUUAUUCGUUACCAUCAAUGUUAAAGAUUUGUGUCAUAUUCCGCAUUGCACGUAAAAUAUAUCACUUAAAAAUAAGUUAUUUUAACUGUAGAAUAGCCAGAUAAUGUGGUGUAUUAGUGAAACAGUGUUGAAUAAUCAGUAGAUGCUUAGAUGAACGGAAUUUUUAGACUUUCAAGACAAGUUGUUAUGCUGAAUUUGUCUCACUAAAAGGCAGAAAUGUGGGUACAAUUGAACUUUGCAUAUACAUUUUUUAAAUAUUUUAAAACAUUGUAUUACAUAUUUUUAAUGAAAAAUUUAUUAGUUUCACACCAUAUGAUCUUCUUGUCCAGCGCAAGCCCAUGUAGAAAUCUAUAAAUAAAGAAGCUACUAGGAUCGCAAUGCAUAUUUGAAGUGCUUUAAUAAUUAUAUUUUUCCACCAAAAAUUCAACAAAACAUAAAGUGAAUUUUUUUAAAAAAAUCGUUCAGAAAACUAACCGCCAAAAAAUAAAACACUAUUUAUUCGUACAACCUUUUUUAUUUAUAUGUUUAUAUGUAACAAUAAUAAUUUAUUAAUAAUUAUUAUUUUUACUAGAAAAUCGUCUAGCCAAUUAGAUCAAUUGGUUAGACGAUUUCCGUGUAAAAACAAUACCCAGACAAUGUGUUAAUAGUUGAAAAAAUAAAUUGUGCAAAAUUAACAGACAACUUCCAUUUUUGCAAAUUUAUUAAUUGAAUUCUAAUUAUUUUCAAUUACAGGAUUUUAAUGAUAUAAUUAAUUGUAAAAUGGAUAUUAUGUUAAGCUAAGACAAUUCAAAGCAGUUUUUGCAAUUUAACAUGAAAAAAAAAAUUUAUUAAAAAAUUUUUUCACUGUCAUAGUACAUUGAAUAUAUUUUAAUAUAUUAUAAAGCAUACAGAUAUAUUCUAAAUUCCUAAAGUUUCCUUUAUUUCUAAUGACCCAAAAGUUUGAUUAAACAAUU